GUCACACGACCCGUACCCGCGCGGGUCGAAACGCUCCCUCUUUUUUCUCUCUCCUUGAUCUCUUCCCCCUUCGUCUCUAUCACUUCCUCUCCUCCUCCCUUUGAGCUUCGUCCUAGAUCGAUCGAGGAGGGAGGAGCGAAGAGGAGGAGGAGGGUCUCCCAUGGCGAUGGGGGGGAAGGAGCGGCGCACGCUGGUGCUGGUGAACUUGGCCUCGAUCAUGGAGAGGGCCGACGAGGCGCUUCUCCCCGCGGUGUACAAGGAGGUGGGCGCGGCGCUCAACACUACCCCCACGGGGCUCGGAUCCCUAACCCUAUUUCGCUCCAUCGUCCAAGCCUCGUGUUACCCUCUCGCCGCGUACAUGGCCGUGAGGCAUAACAGGGCGCACGUCAUCGCCCUCGGCGCCUUCCUGUGGGCCGCGGCCACCUUCCUCGUCGCGGUUUCCGACACCUUCUUCGAGGUAGCAAUUGCAAGAGGGUUAAAUGGUGUUGGGCUCGCCCUAGUGACCCCAGCCAUCCAGUCUCUUGUUGCCGACUCAACCAAUGAUAGCACACGCGGCUCCGCCUUUGGAUGGUUACAACUUACUGGAAACCUGGGGUCCAUAAUUGGCGGGAUUCUCACCCUCCUACUGGCAUCAACUUCAUUCAUGGGUAUUGCCGGGUGGAGAAUAGCCUUCCAUCUUGUAGCCAUAAUAAGCGUAGUCGUAGGAAUCUUGGUCCGACUCUUUGCAGCGGAUCCGCAUUUUCCGGAUGGAGUAACGACUAAUACUGAGCUUGCUGCACGAAAGUCUGCACUGAAAGAAGUAAAAGAUCUUAUAAUAGAAGCUAAGGCUGUCAUGAAAAUCCCCUCUUUUCGAAUUAUUGUAGCUCAGGGUGUUACUGGCACAUUUCCCUGGUCCGCCCUAUCAUUUGCGCCUAUGUGGUUGGAGCUCAUGGGGUUUUCGCAUGAGGGGACAGGGUUUCUUAUGAGCAUGUUUGCUGUGGCAAGUUCGAUUGGGGGAUUAGUGGGUGGAAAGAUGGGCGAUUCUCUUGCGAAAAGGUACCCAAACUCUGGAAGAAUUAUUUUGUCGCAGAUAAGCUCAGCUUCUGCAAUCCCACUUGGGGCCAUCUUGAUGCUGGCCUUGCCUGAUGACCCCUCCACAGCUUUUGGGCACGCCUUUGUCAUGUUCAUUAUGGGUCUUAGCAUCUCCUGGAAUGCUCCUGCCACAAACAACCCCAUAUUUGCGGAGAUUGUCCCUGAGAAGUCAAGAACAAGUAUUUAUGCCCUUGACCGAUCCUUUGAAUCUGUGCUCGCUUCAUUUGCUCCACCUGUUGUUGGCCUUCUAGCCGAGCGUGUCUACGGCUACAAGCCAGUUCCUUAUGGAAAAGGUGCAAGUACCAGCAUUGAAACAGACAGAGAAAAUGCCGCGUCCUUAGCAAAGGCACUUUACACUGCUAUCGCCAUUCCAAUGACACUAUGUUGCUUGAUAUAUUCAUUCCUUUACCGCACCUAUCCAAGGGACAGAGAGAGGGCGAGGAUGGAUAGUUUGAUAGCAUCAGAAAUGCAGCAGAUAGAGUUGGAGAGCUCUGAUGAAGUCGGAGAUUAUUCUGAAAUUGCAGUUUCUCGUAAGGAGCUUUUGGGGGGAGAAAGGAGUGUCAUUGAUAUUGUUUAUGGGAACGAAGAUUUCGAGGCUGACGAGAAUGAUGAGAAAGCGCUUUUAUAGCAAUAGAGUUGAAUCGCAUCGAGCUAGGAGAUACAAGGAUUUUCUUGACAACUCGGAAGAGGUUUUGGACUCGGCUACAUUUUCUACUCUUGAUCAUUCCAACUCGGAAUAAUACUUACAAGAGACUAUCAAGAAUUGAAGAUGAUGCUAGAAGUCCAGAUAAGAUUCAACCUUUUUUUUUUUUACUUACAGAGAAUAUCUGAGGUUCAGUUUUGGAGAGGAUCUUGGGGCACCAGUUUCCUUUUCCUUUUCCCAUGUUUCUUACACAGAAAAUUGUAUAUACUACUUGUUUGGGUUUUAUGAAGAUUGGUAAUUGUAAUUUGGGCUUGGGGCUCAUCAAAGAUUCAGCCGCGAAAGCAAAUGAGAAAGUAGGCUUCACCAGUGAAUGUGAUGUUAGGUGCAGAUUCCAAAACUUCGACUGUACAACUAAUUUUUCUUUUAUCAGUUCACGACAAGUUCCAUCAUGUCAAUGUUCUGAUGAUGUGAGGAUUCAUUAGGGUGAUCAAAUAAGGCUCUGUUGAAUCUCUGUGUAA